AUGUCGGGGAUGAGUAGCGAUCAGCUGCAUCAGUCCACCUUGGGGAUUUACUCGAGCUUGAUGAACGAGUUCAACCCAAGCCUACAGAAACUGGUUUUACUGGGCAACAGAUACGUCCAAGCUUUCCAGGCUCUUGCUCUGACAAGUGAGGCCUACUUCAGUGCACUUUCAAAGAUUGGAGAGAGGGCUUUUCACACCACAUCCUCCCGCUUGCUAGGAGACGUCCUGAUUCAGAUCUCUGAGAGCCAAAGGAGACUAACUGGGGAGCUGGAUGGAGUAUUCUGCCGGUUCAGUAUGGAGGUUCUUCAGGAGAUGGACAAUAACAUCAGACUGGACAGAGACUACAUAUCAGGCAGCAGGAAGCAUUAUGAAAUGGAAGUCCACAACCAGGCAGCAGCUCUGGAGAGACAGCUGAGGAGAGGAGCCAACCAGGAUUGUAGUGAGUAUUUGCAGUUCCUCAGGGAGAGCCACGCCGAGGCUCUGAAGGAGGAGGAGAGGCGAUACCGCUUCCUGUCUGAGAAACACUGCGCCCUGAUACAAUCCAUCGCCCACCUCAUGAAUAAGGUGGGGAUGAGGGAGGAGGAGAUGAGAAAGAGCAGAGAGGCGCUGCCCCUCGGCAACAUACCAUCAAGGGCGCCGUCUCCCCAGGGAAGCAUUUCUCGCUCUUCGGGAGGCCAAUACAUGAGGGCCAGGGUGGCCCACCAGCCUGGUGGCUCCAACCAAACCCUGCUGCCCUUCACCAGGGGAGAGAUAAUUACCGUGUUGGUCAAACAGCCCAAGAACGGCUGGCUGUUCGGACGUGCUGACAGCAGUUCACGUCAGGGAUGGUUUCCAGCCACCUAUGUGGAAGCAAUGGAUGAUCCUCCAAUGACAAUCAGCUCUGGUGUGGCUAUGUUCAGAAGAUUUGUGCCGUACGGCGACUUUCGUGCGCAGAAGUGA